AUGGUGGGCACACGCAAACGGACGUACAGCGACGGUGUCCACCCGGCCAGACCCAUACCCGAUCGCGUUGAGCUCGACCAGCUGUCAAGUGGUCCAUCCUGCAGACCGAAGCGUAACCAUAACCAGGGCAAGGCGCGCGUUCAUGAUGCUGUAUCCAUUUGGCGACAUGGCUCGCCCGUCGCAGAUCUGCACGGCGACACGAUCGACCCGGACUGUUGUUCCACCACACCAUCAUCAUUGCUCGCCACCCCCCACGACUCUUCGCGCUUCCUGCUCCGUACCGGGCUCGCCAAUGACGCCCUUGUAGCGUCACACCUGCCCUUUGCAGGCACGCAGCACACGCUCGGUCAAUCCAUGAAUCAUCGUUACCUUUCUCAUCGUCGUCAUGCGCAGAAAUCCCAGUUUCGCUAUCGAGAAUCAUUCGCAGGCCAUACUUCGUGCGUCAACGCCCUCGCAAUCUCGCGUGGGCAGGGAAGAUGGCUCGCCAGUGGAGGCGAUGACAAAAAGAUUCACGUGCGCGACCUGUUUGUAGAUCUCCGACAUUGCGGUCAGACAAUGCCGCUCCUGAUCCUCAAAGGCCACCAGUCCAACAUCUUCUCUCUCGACUGGUCGGCAGAGAAUAAGUUUCUCUUUUCCACCGGCAACGACAGCCAGAUCCUCUAUUACGAUGUCGAGCAUUCGCAGAUGCCCAUUCGUGGUCCAGCUCCUUCGCAACCGCAAUCCAGAUCCUCGCUCAAUCCACACUCGAUCGGUGCACAUGACGACUCUGUCCCUGAGCUCUCGUCCCACCCCACCAACCCCAAUUUGUUGCUGAGCUGCGACGAUGGUGGAGAUCUGAAGCUUAUCGACAUCCGCAUCCCUCACGAUGGCGUCUCUGCAGCACGCUCCGAUGUAGUCGCUGGCUUCUCUUCUGUUCAGUGGAACCCCAACGCUUCCGACGGCAACACUUUUGCUGCAGCCACCUGUGGACGUAUCACCGGAAGCACACGCCUCUAUGAUGUGCGUCAGUGCUUUUCUUCCGACCGCGACCGGCCCUUGACCAGCAAGGAUGCCGUUCUCAGCUACCACACUGCCCUCGUUCAGAACUCGUCAACUCGUGGCCUUAUUGCUGCCGCCGCAGAAACCAACAGCAUCUGCUUUGACCCGGAAGGUCGCUUUUUGGCCUCGAGCAUCUCGCGGUAUCAUCCGACUAUCUACGCUGUCAACGAUCCUGAUCCUCUUGCCACGCUUCAUUCGACCGUCGCCGAAGAUCCGAUCGAAGAAGAUUAUUACUCUUUUGUAGGAAUUCCCCAGGGUACUCCCUCGGCGCCCAAAAAGCUUUCGUCAUGCUGCACCAUCAAGCACGGCUCGUUCGGCUUGCAAGCGCUCACAGGCAAGCUUCACUACGCCGUUGGAAGCGAUGACUUCCGCGCCUACCUUUUCGAGCUCCCGGACAGAGAUGAGCUUGUCCGUCGCCGCGAGUUUGUCAAUCGCCAUCAGUGGAUCCAAGAGACCUCCAAGAUGCAUGACGAGCGAAGACGGCAGGCCGUCAAGCUGGAAACCACAGCAAAUUUGCCACGGGACAAUGCAUUGCACGAUGAUACUACGGGACAACCAGCGGAGCACAAUGGCAACGACGAAAGCGACUCCGACUCUGACAGCGUCGCCGAAAGCCAGGUCGAUCAUGAGUCCGAGAUUGCUUAUUCUGCCGGAUCCAUCUUGCGUGCCGGCAACAUUGUGCGUCCCGCCAGAGUGCAACGACAGGCGUACGUGCUUUGCGGCUACCGCAGCAUCAUCAACACAGCCCUCAUCCAUCCAACAUUGCCAUUGGUCUUUACUGCCGGCAUCGUAUCGGAGAUACAGGUACACUCAGCCGCACCCUUUGACGCAAAAGACGUGCAACCAGAGGACGACGAUGACGAUUGGUGCUCAUCGUCCUCCCGACGACAGGACAACGAGGUUGGUGGCACACGACCUCGAUUUCUCAUUCCCUUUCCGAGCCGUUUUCGUUUCCGCGACGACUCUGACUCAAAUACCGGUUCGGAAGAAGAAAAUCAGGAUCGCGAUCACGAUCAACAGUCUCAAGAGGAACAAGACAGCGAUUCGGCAUCGAGCGACGAAAGCGCUAAUUACGAAUCGACAAGCAAUGACGAAGCGCAACGUAACGAGGGCGCGACUGACGUGGUGCAGGCCGGAAGCCAACCUCCACAGCAAGGCGACGUGCACAACUUUUCAUCUGCCAUGCGACAGGAUCCUAUGUAUAACACGCCUACUACUCUCGAUUAUCAACACGAUCGCCACAUUGGCACCUAUUCACUCUCUCACCUUCCCCAAGACGCCAUGCCUGACGAAUCUCAAUCUUCGUCUGCUGAUUCUCAUUCUUACCAGGACGCAGAUAUGGACGUUGGCAGUGCUGCAGACAGCAGCACGACCGAUUCGCACGUUUCAGAUGAAGCGGACGGAAUUGACGACGAAGACGACGAUAUCGACGAUGACGUCGACUACGUCGCGAACAAUUUGCAUUCGAUGGACGAUUACGGCCCUGAUCCCUACAAGAACGACGGCUACGGAUCGCCUACUUCGGGCUACGCAACUUCCGAGAUCGAGGAACGGGACGCACAACUGGCGCUCGACCACGAGGAGGAGUAUGAGGCGUCAGGAAACGGUCCGAUAUGGUCCAGAAUGAAGGCCGUGGAGUCUAGCGCACGCGAUCAGAGGCGAAUGUACCAGUUCGACGACCUGCUGAGGAGGGACGAGCUUCGCUCUUUGACGGCUGGAUUUCAGAAGGUGCCUCGUUUCGCGGGUGGUGAUGGGCAGGGAAGUGGGUUCACGUGCAGGAGCUGCGAGGGCAGUAUUGAUACUGACGAGUGA